AUGGGGGAGGGGGGUGGGAAGGGUCGCAUCUCCAUGGCCAUGGCUGCGGCUCUGCUGCUCAUGGGCUCGUGCGAUGGCAGCAUGGCGCAUGCUGCUCGUCGGCCGACGGGCUUCCUCCUUAUGCCAUGGCAUCGUCAGGGAUGGAAGGUGCAAGCUAUGAGACGGACCGUCUGCUGCUCCUCCAUCAGACCUGCCGUGCCCCUAUGCGAUUGGCUCGAGACCAACGGCGCGAAUGGCAUCGGCGACCUGGUAACCAUCGCCAGGACGUCGGACGGGCAGCUCGGCAUGUUCGCUCUGCAAGAGCUCCACAAGGAUCAGCGCGUGCUCUCCCUGCCCGCUAGCAUCUGCUUCUCCGAGGAACGUGAGCUGGAGGAGGAGGAGGAGGAGGAGAUGACUGGAGCUCUCGGAGCUCUAAGCGACUUGUACGGCUUCAGCGAGGAGUCUCCUGUCGGAGAGCCAAGUAUCGUCCUGCAGCUCUUGCGGGAGUUGAGCAAAGGUCAGCAGUCCCGCUGGUUUGGGUACUUGCAAGCUCUUCCAGCACAGGACAGGUUGGAUGCCCUGUGGCUGGAUGAGGGUGUUUGCUUGCUCGACGAUCAGUGCGACUUGUUGAGGCAGAGCUGUAAGAUAUCAAGAGCAGUCGAUCGAGAGUUCAAGCACCUUGACGAAGCGAUCUUCGCACAUGACGUGUCAAGAUGGGCCAAGAGUUUGGUGCUCUCUCGAGCAUACGCUGUGGAUGAGUUUGGCGGCCUCAUGAUGCUUCUGCCUGGGAUUGACUUUGCGAAUCACAACCCGCACGUAAGCAGCGUGAGGGCUGGUGGGGCUGUUGAAGUCUCGCAGGUUUCGUACAACGUGUGGAGCAGUUACGGCAACCUUGACGACGAGCAACUUGCGCUCAUGUUCGGUUUCACGUGUGCGGCAGACGGAGGAGGAGGAGAGGAGAAGAGAGGAGUGAACGUGGAUUUCUCAGCCCUUGUGGAUACUUUUCCAGGGCCUGAAAGAUCAGAAAUUCUCAAUCGUCUGAGAGCUGCGAACCUCAAUGGAAGGAGCAUAUUAAGAUUGAGCACAAAAGUCAUCCGGGAGGAGCAGGAGAGGGUGCGCGCGAAUCUGCGGCAGGCAGGGGAGAGGGAGGAGACGAGGAGCAAGCUGCUGGAACAAGUGCUGGAGCAGAGGCUGGCGGAGACAGAGAAGCUGGUUGAACAUUUACAUGGGCUGAUAGCAGAUGACAUGAAACGAUGA